AGUCAUUGCAUUAUCAAAGAUCAAACUUCCUUUCAAAUAAAGAACAUUAAAUGAUAAUCCAAAUACUAACCAAUAUUCUUUUAUUAUCUCAACAGUUAUUAGAACUAUAGCCAACUCAUCGAUAAAAAGUUUAAAAUUUUGUAUAUAAAACGACAGGCGAUGCCUUUAACUUAUGCAGUUAAGAAAUUACAAGGAAGGAAACCAGUUAACUACAUUUCAAAACGAAAAUCAUCCAAAAUGAAAGUAUUCCAAGUGCUUUUCAGCCUGAUGUUGGCCCUGUUGUUGGUAGCUCCUACCAUUUACGCCGAGGUAUACACCGUUCCAACUGCAGCUCCGACACCGCCGACAAUCACUACAUCAACUGCUGGCAGUAAUGAUGGCCCACCAAGUGUCUCCUUAACCGAAAAGGCAGCGUCAGUCUCCACCAGCAUCCCCUUGUAUGGCACUACUGCGAAGUCAUCUUAGAUAAAUCCUGGCUAUUCGCAGUUUUACAUAUCUACUUAUUUAUGGACCAAUCAGAAAUACUAAAAUUGUGUCCCUUGUGUAUGUAAAUAGCUAAAUGUGAUGAGGAAAGAGUUUACAGUUGUGAAAUAUGCGAUACGAAAAUAAUGAGUGAAAAUAAAAUGCAACAUUUUAACUAAA